AGAAUGGGCGCUAAAACUACUAAGAGAUAUAACUCCAGGGACCCUACAGUCCUUUCUGUGGAUGAAGAGGAUCAGUUUGACUUUUUAUGUGAAGGUUUUGAAUCUCCAAGAGCUCGGAUGUCCUGCGGACAUGUGGCCACUUCGAUGUCUCUCAGAAAGUGGUGCGAACAUUUGAUGGAAAAGGGAGAAAGCCAGUUUGUUUGCGGUCAGUCUGGCUGCGAUGCUGUGUGGCCUUAUGAAGAGGUCUGUAAAAUGGCCCUCCUGACCCCUAAAGAAAUGAAGUACUUUGAGAAAACUAUGGCCAAGAAUGCUGCCGCCAGAAACCCUAACUCUAAGUUUUGUCCUGGAUGCAUGUCUCCUGUGACCAGAGGGAGCAGCUUAAACCUUUACGUUCACUGCAAAGUGUGCUCAGCAAAGACAGGACGCACCUUUGCAUUUUGCUGGCAGUGUUUGAGGGAGUGGAAAGGUAUGCAGCCCCGAUCCGACCGCUGUGAAAAUGAUGAUUGCCACAAUUCUGCCCUGAAAACCCUGAGAGAGUGUCCAAAAAUUAAAAUUCAGACUGAGAAUGGAGCAAAAGGGUGUCCGUCAGUCCGUGCCUGUCCAACCUGUGGCUCACUGAUCCAGCACACCGGGAUAGGAUGUGAAAACGUUUCAUGUCCUCGAUGUCACAUGCAGUUUUGUUUUGGCUGUCUAAAGAGCACUAAUGAAUGUGAUGCAGCAAUGUUCUGCAGUGGCAUUGCUCCUAGACAGAAAUAUAUACCUGUGUGGAACACAGAGUUUUAUUAG